AUGGCGGAAUUCAUCGAGAAACUCAGUUCGAACUUGUCAACAAGCGCCUUCUCCAAACUCGCAUCCUCUUCAACUAAACAACUCUCCGGACUAUCAUGGCUUUGGUCAUUCUACCUGCUCCCAGCAGCCAUUGCAUAUCCAUUUCUCUGUUCAGCUCUACGCUUCCGGCGACUUAAAGCGCUCCAGGCGAAAUAUAAGUAUGGUACACCAGAGCGCCCUUCUUUUGAAGGGAUGACCGUCACCGAAGCGCACGCCAUCAUCUCGAGCAUGAGCGACUUCGAAUUCCCUGCUUUGUUUGAAAAAGGUCUUCAAUUUGCACUGUUCCGCACCUACGGUAUUCCUACCAUCGCCAAAUUACUGGUCAAGACCACCCAGCUCGCGGCCGAAAAGAAUGUUCCAAAGCGAUAUGCCGAUACUGGAGUUCUCUUGGGUGACAUGUACGCGUCGGAUCCCGCAAGCGACAAAGCAUUUAUCGCUACCGCAAGGCUGAACUACCUUCAUGGCCACUAUAUCAAGCAGGGCAAGAUCUCGAAUGACGACAUGCUGUAUACACUGACGCUGUUUACGAAUCAGCCUGUCGAAUGGAUCAACAGGUACGAGUGGAGGCAGCUUACUGACCUAGAGCUAUGUGCCAUGGGCGUCUUUCAUAAAUACAUGGGUGAAAGCAUGCACAUCAGCUUUGACCCCCUACCGAGUUUCAAUGUUGGUUGGAAAGAUGGGCUCCACUUCUACCAUGAGAUGGAUGCAUGGGCCAAGGAUUACGAGAAGAGGGUGAUGGUCCCGGACAAGAACAACUACGACACUGCGGUGCAAACGCGGGCACUACUGCUAGGCUCACAGCCCGACUUCUUAAAACCGUUCCUCAGCAAAAUGGUAAGUGCUCCGCUCGACGACCGUCUGAGAGAGGCCAUCAUGUUCGAUCCAGCUCCAGCCUCCUAUACUACGUGGUUCAACCGAUUCAUGACUGUUCGGAGGUACUACCUCAGAUAUCUCGCUCUUCCAAGGCCUUGGUUCAUGAAGAACGACCUGCACACCAAGGAGCCUGAUAAAGCUGGACGGCGAUAUGUGGUGCGAUGGGAUACACAACCCGUGUACGUCAAGCCGACCAUCUGGAACAGAUGGGGACCGGGUGCAUUGAUCUCGUCAGCGUUGGGAAUGGCUCUUCCAGGUGAUGAAGGUACAUAUCCAGAAGGUUUCGUGGUUACGGAAGCUGGACCCCUUGCUUUCAAAGGGAAGGGGAACAAGGAGGUUGCGGAAGGCGUACAGCAAUUGAAGAAAGAGCUCACGGCUGGAUGCCCUUUCCAAUUUCGUCGUAACUGA